AUGAAUGCAAGUGCGGAUGACGCGCCAGAAGAUGAAAGCGGAUUGGAUGAUGUUUGUAACAACAUUGAGAGCUUGGGAGAAAAAUAUAACAUGAGCGCGACAAACAUAAAAUCGGUGCUAAAGUGCCUUUACACCCCGGAAAUCAUCACAAAAGUCUUGUCACAUGAUACCCAAGGGAUUCCCACUCUCAAAAUCACGCGCUCCAAGGCUGGACCCAGUCGAUUGAAGGCGGACGAAUCUUGCACUCAAAUUUCGCGAGCGCAACGGACUUUUCUAAACGUCAACUAUGAGGAAGAAGACGCCUUUGAUGGAGACUACGAACCAGAAAGCGACCCCACGCUUCAUGAAGUUGACGUAGCCGAUGAAUCAAGCUCCGAAUCAGAAACGUCGUCUACUUCUGGCAGUGAAACGGCUUUGGAAUUAGAGCUAGAACGAGAGUUGGAACUUCUUAAAGAACCAUUUUAUCCGCUGGUUGUCGAAGCUUCCACCUCGAGACAACCGGAUCCAAUCGCAAUUGUUGAACCAUAUGACAGCAAUUCUGAUAUGCAGCUAAAUUUAGACGACAUGUUGAAUGAAGAAAUCAGCGAGCGGGUACCUUGGAAGUACAGCACGAGAUCAAAAGCAAAUCUCAAUCUGACAGCUACAAGUGAUGCUUUGGAAGAAGAGAAACGGGAACUUUUUGCUUGCUCUAAUCAGGAAGUUUAUUCUAAUGUGGAUCCGGAAUAUCUUGGUUUCUGCCAAUCGAUCAACACGGCGGCAAUGCCUUUACCCGAUGACGAAGAGGAAGACGAAGAAUUCGUGCCGGCCACUUGUGAAUUUGAGGAAGUUGAAAAAGAGCCGGAAGAGAUUCGACGAGAUCGUGCGACCGAAAUAACUAAACGUGAAACAACGGCGCUUCUGACUGAUCUGACUGUGGAGGAAACGGAACUUUUCUUGACAGGAUUGGCGCCGACCGAAGAGCUAAUUAAUCAGAUUAACUCAAAAAGGCAACGACGCACCAAGAGCAAACCUAGGCAAUCAACUGAAAUAAUCGUUGCGAAGGAACCGGACUUGCAAUUCGUUGAUGAUAGCAACUCGGCACGUUUGUUAGGCAACGGACCUAAAAAGUUUCGGGACUGCGAAGUAGCACAGCUGAAGACUCAACUUGAACAACACGUACAACUUCUGACGCAAAUGGUUGUUGCUUGUAAUUUUGAUGACACAUUGGCGGGGUUUCGAGGUCGCUUCCUAGCUAUGAUUAACGAAUUGGAUAUCUUGUUCUAUGAGCACAAUCCAAAUGGUAUGUUUAACAUUAAAAAUAUGCCAGCCGCUAUUUCCACAUGCCAUGAAGCCACCAAUACAACAAAGAUAAAUAAUUGGGAUCCAAACAUGCACAUAUUUUUGAGGCCCACACCCGAGAUGCCAACACAUGCCCGGUCUUUUGCCUCGUCCCGAAGUAUGGGAGCUUUUGAGAACUUCAGAAGCGAUUUUUACCCAGAACUAGUACCUGAAUGUGCGAUGAAUGCAAUUCCGACGUCUACAUCUUACUCUUCUUUCACUCAUUCAGAGAAUUUGCUGCUCAUACUAGGGCUUAUUCAAUUCGGACACAUCGAGAAGCACAGAGCUCGGGCAUCAAACCGGGGGCAGAAAAAGUUACUAAUCUCAAAGCAUUUGCUGCCCACCAAAAACCCACAACAGAUUGAAUAUCAUUUGCGACGAAAGUGCAAAGAUAAAUCGACCGAUCCAUUGAGUCAAAUGAUAAUGCAAGCUAACAAUGGCACAUUGAAGUUAGAUUGGAAUUUUAAGCAACCGUUACGAAUUGUUGGACCGAUGGAUUCCUGGCCGAGUGCUUUGAAACCAUUUUGGCUCAAAAGCAAACCAAGAAUGGAGUCGCCUAUCCCGACAACACCGAUACAUUCUUUGUCACCCGAGCUCGACUUUUGCGCGACCCCGAUGGUGAAUUCCCCGAGAAGCAUGUCACCUUCACGUGAUAUUCCACUUACGCCAAGACGCGAAGAUUGUUCGAGGAUGUGGUCGCCCUCAAUGAGGUCCAAUCAAGCAGUCCCGGCUUUAAUCGGAAACCCCGGACGCACCUUGUUUACCUCUACAAAAGAAAACCGACAAAAUAAGUCAAAAGCACUAUCGACAUCGAUGCUUUGUCCCGAUAACUCGAAUUCUAACGACGUGGAAAAUAUAGAAGAAAGUGAAGAUCGCUCGAUUGUUUCCUUGAUGAAACGAAAGACGGCACGUGCUCAGCGAAAUCGUGGAGACGAUGGAGAUACCAGCAAGCGACCAAUCAACAUCCAAGGAGGCCACUUUUUAAUUUGUAAAAUCAAAGCAGAUAUUGAUCUUCGUCUCUCCCUUCACGAUGAUAUUCGAAAUCGAUUGUAUGCUUUGAUUCUCGACUCUGCACCUUCAAUCGAAAUGUGGCAAAAGAUGGUGACAGUUCUUCUACCAUUACACGAACAUGUACUCUGCUUGUUGUCAUUCCUUCUACCGGUGCACACAAUCCCCAGCGAUUAUUUGCGACAACCUCUUCGAUGCAGCUACGAGAAUGCGUUUGAGCUUUUGCUAACAAUUGAGAAGUACUCUCCACCCGGGAAAAUACGGUUUAAUCACAAACAGGUUUUGAAGCAACUUCUAGAAAUUUGUGUCGAGGUAAACUAUGACGAGAAAGAGUUGUGGAAUCGAUUGGAGAUUGUGUUUUCGAAUCAACCAGCGCUUUUGAAACAACUCAAACGCAAGUGCCCAUGGACGAUUACCGAUCAUUCCAUUGAAGCACAAAUGUUCGAGUUUCUUGAUUUAACUGCAUCGACAAGCCAGGGCAACAUAUCGUCGUCUCAAUCACAAAAUUUCGAAGUUAUUGAAGAUUUACUACCAAAUAAGUCAUUUCAUAAAAAGGGCACGUCCUGCUGCGUGACGUCAAAUGGUAGGCUACAAGUCUAUACUUCAACGGGGCAAUACGUGAAUGCUCAACCGAGUUACGACAAAAAGGAAGAACAAAGUAAAAAUGUGAAGAAACGGGCAACCAAACAACCGCUGAGUUGGUCUAUUGAAGAUGACACAUAUUUGGUGAAUUCUUAUAAUGAGAUGGAAGAUGCUCUCGAGAAUAUUGCGAUGUACGCUUCACAAGAAUUGGCAAUCUCAAAGGAAUUAGUUGAAGAACGAUUGAAAUUUUUGAUAUCAGUACAGGAAGGAAUGGAGAUGUCUCAUAGCAGUGAAGAUAGGGAACAACCUGGUGAACGGCGAGUGGCGCAAGGUGGGCAGCCAAACGAAGACGAUCUUGAGAGUAAGGUUCUCAACAUUCAAUACAAACGCUUCUACGUGGAUGCCAAGCAGAACAAGCGAGGACGUUUCAUCAAGAUAGCUGAGAUGGGAAACAAUCACAAAUCGCGCAUCAUUCUCACUAUGUCGGCAGCAGUUUCCUUGGCCGAGAAGAUUGAGAUCCUCAAAGCGUUUUCCGAUGAGACACCAGACAAAGAAGCCGAGAAAGACGUUGAACUGAAGUCAGAGACGUUGAAUUAUGAAACCAGGCGCUAUUAUUUGGAUCUCAAGCAGAACUCUCGGGGACGUUUCUUGCGAAUUGCUCAAACCAACGCGGCGACCUCUUACAACGCUCGCAUGUCUCGAAGCCAGAAAGUUCAGGUGGUGAUUCCGGGAGAGGGUAUCGGUGAACUUCUCGCGACUUUACGGGAACUCAUCGAGAAAUAUUCCGAGGGAUAUUUGGAUGAACAUAUUUCACCAGCAAAUCUUCCAGAGGCUAAACAGUUUCGCGGUGAAGGCGGCAAGAUGUUCUACUUUGACAGUGGAAGUAAUGACCGUGGUAGCUUUUUGAGGAUCUCAGAGGUGAAGCAGGCUUCCGGCUUCCGCACCUCAAUCACCGUUCCAUUGAAUUCGUUGACGAAAUUUCGAGACACUCUCAGCGAGAUCAUCGACGGUUUUGAAAAAGUUCCAACGGAGAAAGUUGACGGGACCGCUGAA